CCGCUUCCUGUUGCCGCGACCCGGGCCCUGAGCUGUGGGCGCCCGGGCGCCCGAGGCUUCCCGGUGCGCUCCGCUAGGUCAGUCAUCACUGGAGGGUUGUUACUGACAUUUACUCAUCAUAAAAUGUGAUGUUAGACAGCCUACCAACUCAGAAUGCAGUCCCUGGCUUCCAGUGUACAGCUGCUACUGGUUGCCAGCAUGUUAUCUCUAAGGAACAUGGAGUUAUAAAUACAGCCAUACUUAAAUAGAAGAUGCUUGGCUGUCCAGAUAAGGAGAAAGUAUUUCGGUAAAAGCAAUGUUUUUGUGCUAUUCUAUGGUAGAAAUGAGGACAUAUACACGCAGUGACCCAAUGCUGUUUUCUUAUGGUGCAUCCUUUGUUUUUCUGGUUUUGGUCUUUUCAUCCUAGGAUGGCAUUAGCUCUGUGUCUGCAGGUGCUGUGCAGCCUGUGUGGCUGGCUCUCGCUCUAUAUUUCUUUCUGCCACCUGAAUAAGCACCGAAGCUAUGAGUGGAGCUGCCGGCUGGUUACUUUCACCCAUGGAGUCCUCUCCAUAGGCCUCUCGGCUUAUAUUGGCUUCAUUGAUGGCCCAUGGCCUUUUACCCACCCAGGCUCACCUAAUACACCCCUCCAAGUUCACGUUCUGUGUCUCACCUUGGGCUACUUCAUCUUUGACUUGGGAUGGUGCAUCUACUUCCGGUCUGAGGGUGCCCUGAUGCUGGCUCACCACACAUUGAGUAUCUUGGGCAUUAUCAUGGCCCUGGUGCUUGGGGAGUCAGGCACAGAAGUCAAUGCAGUCCUCUUUGGAAGUGAAAUUACCAAUCCCUUGCUACAGAUGCGCUGGUUUCUCCGUGAAACAGGGCACUAUCACAGUUUCACUGGAGAUGUAGUGGACUUCCUCUUUGUGGCUCUGUUCACUGGAGUGAGGAUUGGCGUAGGAGCUCGCCUCCUCUUCUGUGAAAUGAUUUCACCCACGCCCAAGUGGUUUGUGAAGGUUGGGGGAGUAGCUAUGUAUGGUGUGUCUUGGUGUUUUAUGUUUAACAUCUGGCGCUUUGCAUGGAAGAAAAGCAUCAAGAAGUACCACGCUUGGAGAAGCAGGUGGAGUGAGGAACGGCAGCUAAAACAUAAUGGACAUCUCAAGACACACUAGCCACGACUUGCUUCAGAUAAUGGGUUGGGUUAGUCAGCCAUGGGAACAAGGUUGGAAAUAUGGCUGUUAUGGAAGUACGCUUAAACUUAGGUUUCAGAAAAGGGCUAAA